CUUAACUUUGAAUAGGAGGUGGAUUUGCUAAAAGGAGGGACAGGGACAGUGACACUCCCGCUCCCUAUCGACUUCGAAAAUUCAUAGGUCGACAAAGAGGGAGUGAGGUAUCGGUUGGGUAACGUCGACAUGUAUCUAGCAGGUCACCCCAAUAGGGAGGAUGAAGAAUCCCUCCUCCCCGGUUCACCCACGGCAGAUUUUGCUCGCACCAGUUCGCCGUCUGGAUGGAGAAAGGGCCUUCAGUCGGUUUCACCGCGUGCGGCCUUAUGGAGAUCCCUGACCUUUCUGAAGCCGAGUUUCUUGGGGAGGCGAUCGCCAACCUCCGAAGCAUCAGCGAAAUCCGGUGCACCGGCGAAGAAGCCGUACGCGACCGAGUAUCUCGAUGGCGUCCGCGGCGUCGCCUCUUUGAUAGUUUUCAUCCUGCAUUGGACUCACAUUCCUUAUCCGGCUGUUAACUCGGGAUGGGGGUACAAGGACAACCGAUCGUUCUGGUUGCUCCCAUUCAUCCGCCUCAUCUACUCCGGUGCCGCCAUGGUCUCGGUCUUUUUUGUCGUCUCCGGCUUCGUACUUUCUCAUCGAUUCAUUCAACGGAUGCAUCGUCGCGAAUACAAUGAGUUGUUCUCCGGCUUGACAUCGCUCACCUUCCGUCGAGCAAUCCGCUUAUUCCUUCCAGCCUUUGCGUCUAGCACGUUAGCUUUCUUAUGCGCAUGCGUUGGUAUCGUCAAUGUACCCAGGAAGGUGGACGGCAAGCCAUUCCAACACAGUCUGAAUUCGUAUCUAGAGUACCUCGACAUGGAGUCCAACCCAUGGGACUGGUCCGCGGACUUUUCCGGUUUCUAUAACCCACAAUUAUGGUCUAUCGCUGUCGAAUUUCGUGGUUCUAUGGUUAUCUUCCUACUCCUUGUCGGGCUUGCGAAGACUCGAACCGCCGUUCGAUUAACAGUCGAAGGGAUUAUCAUGGCCCAUUCCUUUGGCCACAGGCGCUGGGACGUCGCCCUAUUUAUCGCCGGUAUGAUGUUGGCGGAACUUGAAGUUCUACUAAAGAAGCCGAAGAACCCAUCGACUAGGAAGUUUGUUAACGCCUUGCUUAUCCUUACGAUGGUAGUCGGCCUCUUCCUUUGCGGCUAUCCUCGCGAUCACAACACUCAAACUCCUGGAUACAUGUGGUCCAAGUAUGUUUGGCCCCUGACCGCUUACCGUCGGAGAUUCUGGCUUGCAGUUGGCGCUAUACUAUCCGUCGGACCUAUGGUAUUCUUGCCAUCCAUUCAAUCCUUCUUCCUCACCCGGCUAGCCCGAUAUCUUGGACGGAUAAGCUUCGCACUUUACCUCGUUCACGGCCUUGGGAACCGAACAAUUGGCAAGUGGCUGCUGAACACUUGUUGGGCCUACAUAGGCAAGGAAGGGUACUGGCCUUAUGCCAUCAGUUUUGUUGUCUCUACGACACUGUAUUUCCCAGUUGUUAUAUGGGCCUCCGACGUGUUCUGGAGAGGAGUCGAUGUGCCUUCGACUAAUUUUGCUAAAUGGUUUGAGAAGAGAUGUGCUGCACCGGAGGGCGUACGAUAGAAUAUUUGCCGAGUGCAUAAUCCGCUUCUUUUGAUACCUAACCUAGGGGGGUUUCCAUAGUUAUUGUAUAUGAACAACAAUUCGAACAU